GAGUUAUUUUCGUUCAGAUCAGAAGUGUGAUCUUGUGUUUUUAUUUUGUCAUGUCCAGUAUUUGUGUUGUUUGAAACGAGAUUCCUAAAGUCUACAGAUGCAAAAGUAACGGUGACUCAAUAUGGGGUGCGUCUUGUGAGUGGAGGUCAUCUCAAUCACGAACCCGGAAAUUGAACAGGAAAAAUCAAACUGGAUAUAUCGGCCACAUAAGAAGUAGUCUCUUCUAGUCGUGGACGUUAUUUGGAGCAAUUCCCCUUCUUGGGUCGCUUAUUAUUUACAGUUACAGAGCUUUAAACAUGACAGUUUUGUGGUGUAGACAAGGUCGAGUAAGACCACCCUAUUUUGAUGCCAAGUUCCUGACUUUUAUAAUUGUGGUAUUUUUUACUUCGUCAUCAACGAAUGCAGUUGAGUUUGCUCCCCUCCCAGACUUGGGCACGUUUGAUAGUACAGGGAAUUAUUCUGACGGAGGUCUGAAUCUUCUAAUUGAUGGUGCCAAUGGAUUUAUUGAUGUAGUUCAGCCAAAUCCACUUCCUUAUGAUGUCAUCUGUGAUGCAAUAGCAGGGAAUUUAUCAGAUAGAUAUGAUUCAGAGGACCUUAAAGAACCUAUUCUUGAUGCAGCAGAAUACAUGCUUGGUUUUGUCAUAUGUUUUCUCAUUGGUCUAUUGUAUAUUCUUAUACUGCCAAUAGUAUGUCUGUGUUUCUGUUGCUGUCGUUGCUGUCAGAAAUGUGGUGGGAAACGUGUACAGAAAGCACCAGCAAGCACAUGUAAAAGAGUGUACUUCUCUGUAGCACUUCUUACUAUCACUAUCAUCAUGGGGUAA